GUUACUUUCCCACACUGCGCUUGUAACCUUUGACGUCUAAUAAAUAAUUGCAAACGAAUUAUCGGCUCAAGCCAGCUUUUAGUUUACAUUUCAAGUUCGGUCGUGUUAUACUCACCUACUGCUCGAUUCGGCCAUUUUUGUCAAGAUGCCAUCUUUAAUUAAAAACAGAAUCUUUGGCUUAACAUUAACUUUGAAUACUUUAUCAUGGGCUGGACUGAUACUGCGAGAUGACUACACGAAGACUCAAAGAAUUAUCAUGAAAGUGUAUGGCGGGCUGGUUUUCCUGUAUUUAUUUGUUUUCACAGCUUAUGUACAAAUCGCGGACCUUGUUGUUAUAUGGGGUAACAUAGAUUUCAUGACGGAGACAUCUUUGAUUCUCUUUAUGCAAUUAGCUGUGAGCGCAAAAGUAUUAACGCUAAUGUUGAAGUCUAAGAAAAUUAUGGAAGUCACAAACGAAGCUGAUGCAAUACUGAAUUCUGAAAAGAAAGUGGAAGGCCAAAGGAUUAUAGCCAGCAUUGACAAGAAUACGACCCUGUUUUUAAAGUAUUACGGUUUUUUCGUUGCAUUUACGAUCAUAUGUUGGUUCAUGGGCGAGAAUACUAGCACAUUUUUCAUCCGAUCUAAGUACCCAUUCAAUGAAUUGAAAUCACCGGGGCGUGAAUUUGCAUUUGUACAUCAGUGCAUAGUAGUGAUAUUUACGGGGUCUUUUGACUUCAAUGUUGACAUCAUCAUCAUAUCGUUAGUGGCUGUCUGCAGAUGUAGACUAAAGCUAGUGGCUUUGUCAUUGCGAAAUCUUUGUUUGGACAUACCGAUGAACAAGAGGAAUCUGAUCACAUCAGACGAAGAAAAAGUCAUUACAGAAAGGCUUCGUAAUAUAAUUUCGCAGCAUAAGCGCGCUUUGGACGCAGCAGAGGCUAUCAAGCAUUACUUAUCCGGAGCUCUGUUGGUACAACUCAUGGUGUCCAUAGUAGUCAUCUGUACUACGGCAUAUCAACUGGCUGUGAAAAAAUCAACUACUAUGCAAUCGCUGACAAUGGCUGGAUAUCUAUUUGGAACAUCAUUGGAAGUCUUCUUAUUUUGUUAUCAAGGGGAAUUCCUUCGUGAAUCUGUACGUAUUUGGACAUUUCGGACAGUUUGUGCCUCUGAUGUCGAUAUUGCACUAGAUAAUCGGAGGAGCAGUACCCGGUCCACUUGGUCUAGUUGUAGUUCAUGGACAUCAACAAUGCCAGGGGCUAAAAGCAAGUUACUGCCAAUAGCUUAACCACUUUAAAACAUGUUCGAAGAAGG